AUGCUGACCGACACCACCCACCUUUCCAACAACCAACCUUCACAUAAGCUUCACGACGAAACUGCGAACACCAAAAAGAAGACUGGAAUACACAGCCUCCACGACAACAGCAAGAAACGACCAAGAAAAACGGCAACAGUCCCGAAGAAGGUGGGAGUCUUCGGGCUUCAGAACGCGUCUGGUGACGCCGGCAAGAGCAUCAUCGGCGACAUCAAAGAUAAGUCAAAGAAGCCGUACGGGCAGAAGAAGAAGAAGAAAGGAACCAUGGCCGAGUUGCUCGCGCACGCAGAAGACAGAGCGAAGGCUAAGGCGGAAAAGGCAGCAGAGGCCCCAGAUUCAGCAUUCAAGCUGAAAGGCGGCGAAGUCUCGGACGAGGAAGACGACCCAGACAUGGAUGAGGACCAAGUAGAGGACGACCUUGCAGAGUCGGAGAAUGACGAGACUUUUGUCAAGAAGCCGACGAAAGCCAAGUCAUACGAGGAAGUCGAAAAGGAAGUUCUUGCUGGUGGCACCGGAUCUGCAUCUCUCCGGAAGAAGGGUUAUGCCAACAUGAACAAAAUGUUGGAUCGAAUGUUUGCCGAUAAUGCGCACUUGCAGGACGAAAAGGAGGACAAACUAAAGGACAGAGUCGACUGGUCUGGAGACCAAUAUGGUUACUUUGAGUUGAGCCGCGACCCGAAAGGCAACAUUGAUGUCCCUAUUUACGGAGAUAGUUCCCUGCCAUUUGACGGCGACACAUUCGACGAUCCCAGCGGCAUGGGAACGUACACCAAGGUCAGCAAAGAGGUGUUACUGGACAAGGAUGGCAAUCCUGUGAAGCCUAUGCAAGGCGGCUGGAAAGAGUCUUCCUUUGACCAGCACACUCAUCCUGAUCUGUACGCCAGAAAGUUCAAACAACCGUCGACCAGGUCCAGGGGAGGAAUGUCGUUGAAAGAAGCUAAUCUCGCAGAGGCUGAGAAGAAGCGCCGUGAGUCUGCCAUUAUAGUGAAGUACGAACCACUCAAGAAGACUCUAAACGCGGACCGCGCCCAAGGCCCAGACCCCUUCAUCGACAACGAGAAGGAGGAGGGUACAGAGGAGACAGACCUGCUGACACUGGACCCUGAGGCGGAAUACAUCCCGCCAGUUUGA